AUGAAUGCUUUCAUGGGCGAAAGAUUCCUUCUAUUAUAAGCAAGUCAGAGAUCAUUCGCUUAUGGUGGUGAUAGAGAGGAAGGAGAUGGAUUCAAUAAUAACAGAGGUGGCAGAGGUGGCUUCCGUGGACGUGGUGACAGAGAUGGCUUCCGUGGACGUGGUGAUAGAGAUGGCUUCCGUGGACGCGGUGACAGAGAUAGCUUCAGAGGCAGAGGAGAUGGCAUGAAUUGGAGAGGCCGUGGUAACUUUGAGGAUAGAGGUAAAUUCGAAGGUAGAGGUAGAGGUUAUAGAUCUUAGUAAGAUGACAGCGUAGAAUACUAGCCAAGGAAUGAUUUCUAAAGUGAAAGAAGAGAAGGUAGAGACGAUAGAGGAGAUAGAGGAUUUAGAGGCGGUUCUAGGAUGGAUAGAGGAGGCAGAGAUCGCUUUGGAGAUGACUUCUAAAGAGGAAGAGGAGACGAUAGAAUGAGAUCUUAUAGAGGUAGAGGAGGUGACAGAGGUGGCUUCCAGGGUAGAAGAGAUGAAAAUGAUGAAUUUUAAGGCAGGCCAUAGAGAAGUGGAGAUAGGUUUUCCAAUCAAUCUAGAAAUCAAAGUGAAUCUGAUGGAGAGGCUGAUCCAAUCGAUCAACAGACUAAAUAAUAUUCCGAGAGCAGAAAUUACAGAGGUAGAGGAAGCAGAGAUGACUUUAGAGGUGGUAGAGGAGAUUUUAGAGGUGGCCGUGGUGAUUUUAGAGGUGAUCGAGGUGAUUUCAGAGGUGGCCGUGGUGAUUUCAGAGGCCGAGGUGAUUUUAGAGGAGAGAGAAACGAUUUUAGAGGUGGAAGAGAAGAGUUCAGAGGAAGAAGAGGCGAUUACAGAGGAGAUAGAAAUGAUUUUAGAGGAGGAAGAGACGACUUCAGAGGAGGAAGAGACGACUUUAGAGGAGGAAGAGACGACUUCAGAGGAGGAAGAGGUGGUCGAAGAGACGAUGAUAGAGUGGAUUAUAGAGAUAGAUAAGAUAGUAGGAAUUACAAUAGAGAAGAUUUAUCAGAAUUUAGAGGUGGUAAAAGAGAAGAUUAAGAAAACCUCAGAGAUACAUCUAAUAAUGGUGAAGAAAGAACUUUCACUAGAAGAGCUGAUCAGCAAAGUCAAAAGGAGAAUAAUGAAAAUAGACCAUUCAUAGAUGAGAGGAGAUAAAGAGAGAGGCCUGAAAAGAAUAAUUUUAGAAGGUAAACUCUAGAAUAAGUUUAAGAAGGUAGUGAGAUGGCUGAGUCUGAACCUAUUAAUGAAUCAAAUGAGGUCUAGAGUGAUCUGAGCUAGUUUAUUAAGAAAAACAAAGAUGCCUCUAUUGAGCCUAUUAAUUAAGAUUCUGCAGAGUCUGACUAGUUAAAUAAACCAUAUGUUAAUAACCAAUCUUGGGAUGAUUCAAAUCAAUUGACUGAGACUCUUGAAAAGCCCAAAAAGGUGGACAGAAUGAAAAAGUUUAAGAAAGAAUAGAUUAAAAACGAAAGAGAGUAAUUCAAAUUAGCUAGUAUGGAUCCAGAAGAAAAAAGUUAGUAUCUUGAGGAUAAACAGGCUGCAGAAUUGAAAAAUUAGGAAUCACAGCCUUAGUAACCCAUAUUAACAAAAGAAGAAAUUGAUAGCAUAUUCAGUACUGAUUAAGUCAAAUAAAUAUUCAAGGAUAAGUCUAAGAAGGAUAAAUAAGUGGAAUAAAAUUUCGAGAAAUCCUACAGGAACACAGAAAUAACAGAAAAAGGUAAGGAAAAGAAGGAAGCAAAGAAGUAAGAAGAGCUUGAAAAAGUUAGAUAAGGACUUUAGAGUAAAGAUAAUAAGGAAAUUACGUUAAAUGAGACAGAGAGGUUGUUUGCGACGCCAGAGACUGAAAAAAAAUACUUAAGCGAAAAAGAGAUUUUAACUGUACUUGAUAAUUCAGCUGUUUCUAAAACAGCUGACAGUCUCUUGAAUUACUACUUUAAUUACUAGUUCAGUUUUAAUGAGAAAACAAGUCUUGUUCUCUAUCAAUAGCUUGCAAAAGUCAUCCCAAGAAAUGUUUAAGACGGAGGAGAUUUUGCUGGAAGUACCAAAUUUCAGUUUAGAAACGUUGAAGACCCCAGAUUCACAGAUAGAAGAAUGUAGGCGCUCUUAAGAAAACUUAAUGAUGAAGUCCAUAAAUACAUGUAUGCCACUACAUAACUUAGAUUACCAGACUAGCCAUUAAUACAAAAGUGCACAGAAAUUACUUUAUAAAAUAUUACUUCAAUGAAUGGUAAAUAAAUAGCAAGAUUUGUUUGGUCUCUUGGAAGAAUGAAUUACCCUGAUCCAAGUGUUAAAAGAUAAUUGACUAUAAGAGUCAAUGAAUUAAUGCACCAAAAGCUUUCACAGUUGGAAUCUAAAAAUGAAUAUAAAGGAAAAGAAGAUAUUAGAGUAGACGGAUAAAUGAUUAGUAUGACAUAUUGGGGUCUAGCACACUUAGGUGUAUAACCUAAUGAUAAGGUUGUAAAUAAAAUGAAUUAAGUCCUCGACAAGCUGAAUAUUGAGAACUAUACUUUCAUAAGCUUUUCUCAACUAUUCUAUAGUUAAGUAUUCUUGAUGAACAGUGAUAUAAUAGAGCAUCAAGCAUAGAUUUUCUUGUAUUAUCUUAAAACUUACAAUGAAGAGGCUGAAAGAGAAGAUUAAAAGACAGUUCAAAAUGAAGACUACAAUAUCAAACACAUUGUUCAACUCAAAGUAAUUCUACAAUGCAUAGAAAGAAGCAAGAAAACAAUAGUUAGAAAUAUGCAGCUCACCAGAGAUAUAGUAGAAGAAGUUACAAAAUGCAUAAAUAUUGCAUACGCUUAUUCUCCUAAAAUCAAGGAUGGAAGAAAAAUAAAGGGCAUUGUGAGUAACUACGUUCAAAUAUUCUACAGUCUUUAAGCAAUGAAAUAUUUCAAUAAUGUCAAGCCUUAUGAGUAAUUACUUUAGUACAUUAAAAAAGAGACUGAGGAAUAUUCAGAUCAUAUAGCUCCAAGAGAUAUGGCAGAAUUAGUAGAGGCCUUUGCAAGAUUUAAGAUCAACUAUGAAAAAAUCAAAGCAUAACAGGAUGAGCUCAAGAAAAAAUAAGAGUCUGGUGAACUUGAAAAAGAAUACUAACUAUUGAACGAAUCAGAAAGAGAGCAGCAAAAGUAAUCAGAUGAUUUGCAUCUUUAAUUGGAUUUGAAAACUUCUCUAAACUUCGAGAAGGAACUAAGAAAACUUGCAAAAUCGAGUGGACUAUUGCUUACUAACAUGAAUGACAAGAAUAAGGAAAUGACUGUUAAGGCUUUUGAAAUUCUAGACUUCUAUGAUAAAGACUUUACUGAUGCAAUGAAAUAAGCUAAAAUUAUUAACUGA